AUGGAAAUUGUCUCGGUCCUUGGCCAAAAAUAUAUCCGUGAAUUAAAAGGGCGAACUUGCAUCGCUCAAAUGUUCAUGACAGAAGCAGAAACAGUUGUACAAAGAGGGAACGUCGUCUACGACAAAGAACACCCAUGGAACGCGCCCAAGUAUCGGCUUAAGAAGCGCGAGAACCGUGACCUUGAAACAUACCAACUUGCUAUCUUCAUGGUGGCGCUGAAUCAAUUUGCAGACAUCUCCAUCGAGCGUCCUGCAAAGAUGACAAAGAACACUUUGAGCAUUCCCAAAAUUUGUAAAAUUCGCUUCAGUAACCACGAUGUUAUUGAUGUCCAAAGUCUCGCUUUAAAACAGUGCAAAUCAAUUCGGCAAAAGGAGAUCCAAGAGGGUGUCAACCAAUCCACCGCGACACGUCGAAUUGAAAAGAAUAGAAAGGUCUUCAUACAAAAUUUGGUGAUCGACUUGCUUGCCGAAUGCAACGUCGUCUUAAUCACAGACUUGGCGAGGCUGAGUGGAAAGGCACUGAGGACAGAAAGACUUCAAGAGCUGUGGAUCGACAAAACAAAAGUUGUUGGCAAGGAAGACAUCAUAAGCAAAGGAAGCGCCAUCAACCAGUAUCUCAUCGACUGUGUGGAAAAAACGGGUCACACUUCAUUCAAGAAAAACUGCAGAGAGUUGCAGCAAUUCUUGCUCUUUUAA